UGGCAGGGGACCAUGAGCUGGAGGCUACUGAUUGCGCUGCUCAUAUUGAUAGGGCUUGUCGGCACCGGUGAUUCUGCGGCCUGCAAUGGAUGUGGAACUAGCAAAUGUGACUGCAGUGGAGUAAAAGGACAAAAAGGGGAAAGAGGUCUGCCUGGUUUAACUGGAUUAAUGGGCUUUCCGGGACUCCAAGGACCAGAAGGGCCACCUGGACCAAUGGGUCAGAAGGGUGACACAGGAGAACCAGGUCUUCCCGGCACAAAAGGAACCAGAGGUCCACCUGGUUCUCAUGGAUUUCCAGGAAACCCAGGUCUUCCUGGUAUACCUGGGCAGGAUGGUCCACCAGGUCCAUCUGGGAUUCCAGGGUGUAAUGGCACAAAGGGUGAAAGAGGACCUGUCGGACCAUCUGGGCUUCCUGGAAUAAUUGGGUAUCCUGGAUCACCUGGGCAACCAGGACCAAAAGGAGAACCUGGAGAUAUCACUGGAAUAGAUGUAUCUAUGGUAAAAGGAGAAAAAGGUUUUCCUGGAAUUAAUGGAUUACCGGGUACACCUGGAUUGCCAGGGACGCCAGGAGUUAUGGGACCAAUUGGGCCAGCAGGACCUUCAGGACCUCCAGGUACACCGGGUGCUCCAGGACCAAAGGGUGAAAUGGGCAUAAGUUUUUAUGGACCAAAGGGGGAAAAGGGUGAACAGGGACCUGUAGGUGCUCCUUGCAAAUCCACAACUGAACCUCAAGACAAAGAUAAGGAUGAUCAGAUAUAUUAUGGAGAAAAGGGAGAAAAGGGUAUGCCUGGUGAAGAGGGAGAACGUGGACAACCAGGACAAAGCUUUAAGGGGGAAAAAGGAGAGCCUGGGCCAUCAGGGCCCCGAGGAAAACCUGGAAAAGAUGGUGACCAGGGUGAUAAGGGAUUUCCAGGAGUUCCAGGUAUUCCAGGAUUUUCAGGACCUCCAGGACUGGGUGGAACAAAAGGAGAAAAAGGUGAAACUGGACCACAAGGGCCUCCAGGAACUGUAAUUGGGGAUGGUGAUACCACAGUAUGUGAAAAAGGAGACCGUGGACUGCCUGGUUUUAGUGGAAACAAAGGAGAAAAAGGUCUUAAAGGUACUCAUGGAGUGCCAGGCUUACCAGGAUCCCCAGGGCUUCCGGUUCCUGGAGCUACUGGGCCACCUGGUUUUCCUGGUGAGAGAGGUGAAAAGGGUGAACAUGGAUUGCCAGGGCUAGCUCUUCAAGGGCCAAAAGGCAGAGAUGGCUUUACUGGUCCUCCUGGAUUGCCUGGUCCACCAGGUGUUAUAGAUACAAGUCUAGAAUGUGUAAGUGGGCUGCAGGGAGACUCUGGAUUACCUGGAAAUCCUGGACAAAAUGGAUUCCAAGGGGAGAGAGGGCAGAAAGGUGAUAAAGGUGACGCAUGCCCUUCAUGCGAUUUAGUUCCACCAGGACUUCCUGGUCCACCAGGUCCUCAAGGACCUCCUGGAGAUCAAGGUGUGCCUGGUGUACCAGGAAUCAAAGGCGAUAGAGGUCAACCAGGCUAUGAUGGGUUACCAGGAGCUCCGGGACCUCAAGGUGGGCCAGGUUUAAUGGGAAGCCCUGGUGCAAAAGGAGAACCAGGGGAGGUAUAUUUUGAGCCAAGGCUAAAAGGGGAUAAAGGAGAUGGAGGAUUACCUGGGCAGCCUGGAACACCUGGAAGAGAUGGAAGGCCAGGCAGUGAUGGGCAACAAGGACAACCGGGUCCAAAAGGUGUAUCGGGAACAAUAGGUUCAAAAGGUGAACAAGGACCUCCUGGUGACAGAGGAUCUCCUGGAAACCCUGGAGAACGUGGAUUUCCAGGACCAGCUGGCAUAGGGCCUUCUGGACCAUCUGGUGACAAAGGAGAAGCUGGUGUUCCUGGAUUUGUAGGCAUACCUGGUGCACCUGGUGCUAAAGGUGAACCUGGAAAAGCUAUUAUCAAAACAGGGCCACCAGGGCCAAUGGGAGGUGCAGGGGUUCCUGGCUUUCCAGGGGAUCAAGGUGAAAAAGGAUCUCCUGGACUUCCUGGAAGACCAGGACCCCAGGGGGAGAAAGGCGAACAUGGUUUACAUGGUAUAGGAUAUCCUGGGCCUCCUGGUGAAAAAGGUUUUCAAGGAAUGCCAGGCACACCUGGUCAAGCUGGGUUUCCUGGUCCACAGGGACUUGAUGGAUUACCAGGGUUAAGAGGGGAAUUUGGACAAAAGGGCGAACCAGGUUUGGGUCUUCCAGGCCCAAAAGGAGUACAAGGACCACCUGGACCUUUUGGAAUUCCUGGAGAGAAAGGACAUUAUGGUGCACCAGGUGUGCCAGGGGAACAGGGAUUUUCAGGUGUUCCAGGCCAUCCAGGGAGCAAAGGUGAGCCUGGUAUUGUGGGUGUUCCAGGAAUUCAAGGACCUCCAGGUGUACCUGGAAUGGGACCUAAAGGGCAACCAGGACUUAUGGGACCACAAGGUCCUCCAGGAUUUCAAGGACCUGCUGGAGUUAAAGGAGAACGUGGCUAUGCUGGUUUCCCAGGAUUAGACAUGCCAGGACCAAAGGGAGACAAAGGAAAUGUAGGAUUUCCUGGACAAACAGGUGUAACAGGAAUUCCAGGCCUGCCAGGUGCACCAGGGAAAGAGGGCCUUCCAGGUUAUCAAGGACCAAAGGGAGAAAUGGGUGUCAUGGGAACGCCAGGAAGCAUUGGACCACAAGGAACCCCAGGCAGUCCGGGACCAUUAGGUGAAAAAGGUGACCCUGGUCCUGUUGGGUCUCCUGGCACAGCUGGAUAUCCUGGGACAAAAGGAGAUAAGGGUGAAGCAGGAUUGCCUGGUGUACCUGGUAAAAUGUCAGAAACUGACAAGGAAAAUAUGAAGGGUAGCAAAGGCGAUCAAGGAGAAAGAGGUAAGAUUGGCAUCUCUGGUGAAAAGGGAUCUAUUGGCGCAUCUGGCAGCGCAGGAAUGCCUGGAAAAGAUGGACUGAGAGGAGUACCAGGAGAGCCAGGAUCUAAAGGAGAAAAGGGUACACAAGGCAUGCAAGGAACCCCAGGACUUCCAGGACACAAGGGAUCUAUGGGAGAGAUGGGUUUGCCAGGGCCUUUAGGAGAAAAGGGUCACCAUGGAAUUCCGGGAUCAACAGGAAGCCCUGGUUUGGAAGGAAUAAAGGGAGAAAAAGGAACAAAGGGUGAAGUGGGUCUUCCAGGUAUCGGAAUUCCAGGGGUGCCUGGUGUUAAGGGUGAUGCUGGAAGAGAUGGUCCUCAUGGGUUACCAGGGGAAAAGGGUGAAAAAGGGUACGUUGGUAUUCCAGGAAUGCCAGGAUUCCCAGGUACCAAAGGAGCCACAGGCCAAGUAGGCAUCCCAGGUAGACCAGGUCUUCCAGGAGAAAAAGGUGCCAUAGGGACCCCUGGAUUGGUGGGCACUCCAGGCCUAAAAGGACAAUCAGGUGAUGCAGGUGUUCAAGGUCCUCCUGGCCAUUCAGGAGAGAAAGGUGAACCUGGUUAUGAUGGAAUUCCAGGCUCACCUGGUGAGAAGGGAGAGUCAGGCAUACCUGGUAGGGGAAUUCCAGGAUUUCCGGGGGAACAGGGAGAAAAAGGUUUCAAAGGUGACAUUGGCUUCCCCGGUGCACCUGGAAUUCCUGGUGUCCCAGGUAUCAAAGGUGAUCAUGGAUUACCUGGUACCCAAGGCCCUCAAGGGACACCUGGGUUCCCUGGACCUCCAGGAAUACCACUAGAAGGCCCCAAAGGUGACAGAGGACAGCCGGGUCAAGCAGGAUUUCCAGGUUCUCCAGGCCCUGUAGGACUUCCAGGCCUUCCUGGACAGGAUGGUAUAAAAGGCGAAAGAGGAGAAAGAGGAUGGCCUGGAGCACCUGGAUUUCAAGGUUUUAAAGGGGAUCUUGGAAUUGAAGGACCAUCAGGAGAUGCAGGUCCUCCAGGUGUAACUGGUCAAAAAGGAGAUACUGGACCUCCAGGAAUUCCAGGUUUUCCAGGUUUAAAAGGUUCUAUAGGUAUAUUUGGAGAAAAAGGUGAUCAUGGUGACAGAGGAGUACCUGGACCUAAAGGUGAUUUGGGUCCUCCUGGACCUGCUGGUACACACACAGUCAUUAAAGGAGAAGACGGAGGUCCUGGACCACAAGGUCCUUCUGGUCCUAGAGGAAUUCAGGGAUUGCCUGGUCUAAAAGGGGAAAAAGGUGUAUCUGGUGUUACUGGAUUGCCUGGACCAAGUGGUACGCCAGGGAUACAUGGUACCCCAGGUCAAAAAGGAGAGAGUGGUCCAAGUGGCCCAUCAGGUCCAAGAGGAUACCCUGGCCCCCCAGGCAGUGAUGGCAUGCCAGGACCUACAGGCUUGCCUGGGUCACCUUCUAUGGCUCAUGGUUUUCUUGUUACAAGGCACAGUCAGACAACUGAUACACCACAAUGUCCUUUUGGAACAACUGCUGUUUAUAGUGGAUAUUCACUGCUCUAUGUCCAAGGCAAUGAAAGAGCACAUGGUCAGGACUUGGGGGCUUCCGGGAGUUGUCUUCGUAAAUUUAGCACAAUGCCCUUCCUUUUCUGCAAUAUUAAUAAUGUCUGCAAUUUUGCUUCAAGGAAUGACUAUUCCUAUUGGCUUUCCACACCAGAGCCAAUGCCAAUGAGCAUGGCUCCCAUCACAGGGGAAGGUAUUAAACCUUUCAUCAGCAGGUGCACUGUGUGUGAGGUUCCUGCCAUGGUGAUGGCUGUUCAUAGUCAAACGAUUCAGAUACCUCAGUGCCCGGAUGGAUGGAUUUCACUAUGGAUUGGGUAUUCUUUUGUAAUGCAAACCAGUGCUGGUGCUGAAGGCUCUGGGCAAGCUCUGGCAUCCCCAGGAUCCUGUCUAGAAGAGUUCAGGAGUGUACCAUUUAUUGAGUGCCAUGGGCGUGGAACCUGUAACUACUAUGCCAAUACCUACAGCUUUUGGCUUGCAACAAUAGAGAAGAAUGAGAUGUUCAAAAAACCAACUCCUUCAACACUAAAGGCUGGAGAUCUACGCACACAUGUCAGCCGCUGCCAAGUUUGCAUGAGAAGGACAUAAUAUUGUUUCCCACUUCCCCACAAAGAUAUGGUGCUAUUGUUUAACAUGAAAAAGUCUACAAGUACUAUAUACCUGUACCUCACUGUUGUACAAUACAAAAGCAAGUAAAGUGCAUUUUAAGAACUCUCUUAAUUGACUCUGUUCCACUGAUCUUUGUCUGCCUCAAGAAAGAAAACAUCAAGACAAGCUCUGUUUCUGACGUACAAAACAGCACUUUUAAAACAUUAUAUUAUAUACAGUAUAUAAUGUAAAGCACUGAUGAAAAAAACAGCAUUAGCUGAGUUCUUAUGUAAUAAGGUGCUAGGAGAUUUGCAGUACCUUUAUGCUGUGUGACUCCUCUUUAUUGUAUUAUAACAUCAGGUUAUUUUUUCAUGAAAUAUAAAUAUUUGUUGAAUUCAUUGUAUAAUUGCUUUAGCCAGGCUUUCCCUGUCUGUACAAAGUAAGACUUUGAUGUGUGAUUUUAUAGUUGGAAAUGGGACCCACAGAAAUGUUUUCUACACUUUGGCAUAUUAGAAUUUCAUAUUUAAAUUAAAAACAAAACUAACCUUUAAAAAAAGCAAUCACUUUUGUAAAUAGUACACACAGUUCCACAAAAAUAGUCAUCUUCCUUAAGAAGAUGCAAACUGAAAUAUAUUUCUAUUUGUUCAGUACUAAUAACAAUAUUAAAAUAUUAAUCCAUAAAGGAGCGACAUAUGCUACAAUAUGGUAAACACACAUUCUUGUAAUCUAUAACCUAUAAUAGUGCUUCAAAUUCCUAUUAUAUGGGGGAUGUACAAUAAAAAUGACAACUCUUAUCAUUUAUUGACAUAGUUAUCAUAUGCUGAGCAUGUCUUUGCCAUCCGAAUGUGUCCGGAGUGCACAAUGCUCUCUUAUGAAUCUCCGGAGGAAUCUUCCUCUAAAUCUGAAGUGAUUAUGAUAUCAUAAGUGUGCAAAUUCACACCACAGCUGCAUUGUACAUUCAGGUCAGAGGUGGGGAUAUCUGUAUAUUCCCCCCUGGAGGCUUUUUCACCAUUUGUCAUAUAAAUUAGGAUAUUUAUGUUCUAUCAUUUUAGAAAAUCAAUUAAGCCCAUUACAUUCCAUGCAAAGCAUUUCUGUGUACUGUAUUCUGUUUGCUGGCAACUGUUAGAUAUUCUAAAAGAUAACUUAUGGCUUGAUCAAAUGUACUCUGAAUAAGAUAUAUAAGAGAAACAAUAAUAAAUACUACUGAUUCUGGUCUGAGGGAGAAUUAAUUUAAGGUAAUUGUUAUUGUAGCCCAAUGUCAUUUUUGCAGCUAGACUUGAUAUGAUCCAACAAACGCCAAGGAAUAUUAGAUUGACUAUACCUGCCCAAAUGUCAUGAAAUGAUUUUUUUUUUAGCCACAACCAACCACACUGGAGCUUCAAGAACAGAGAUAAGCACAUUUAUCAUUUCAAAUGUCACAAAAAAGAUAUCUAUGGAGCCCUUGUUUGAGGCCUACUUUUAGGCUGUUUUCCACUGGAUGGCACAGAUAGGAAACACCCCCUAUGUGCAAAAAGCAUUAUGCUAAAAUUUCCUAUACAAUUGGUAAGUAUUAGCACAAUAUUUAUUACAUGCACGUUGCAGGGUUUUACAUUUUAUGCACAAAAGACAUUAAAGAAAGGACAUCAUUCUUGAGUCAUAUUCCUUUUCAGAAGUACACAACCCAUCCAAAAUCAGCUGAGUGAGCAUGAUGGGAGCUGUAAGUUAAACAUAAAAUUCUGUACCUGAUAUCUGUAAUAGCUAAGUGCACAAUUCAUAUGGAGCAUUACUAUCAAGAAUUUAUUCUUAGAAGUCACAUAAAGACACUUUAUAACAAACAAAAAAAGUUUUGUGGUGUGUUUCGCAUCAAAGAAAGUAAAUCAGAUGUGUAUACAAUAAUAAGGCAAUAUAAAUAAUGUUCAGUAUGUGUCAAAUCACCAGGGCUUACAUGUAAAAUAUAUUCUGCUUUUAAUAAAAUAAAUCUUUAUUAUUUGGGCUGAUA